AUGAAGAUCACUCCGGUACUCGUGCUCCUCGCCAUCUGCCUCGGCUGUGUGAUGAUCCACCGGUCGGAGGCCGCCUCCAGCACCUCCAGCACCGCCACCACCUCCGCCUCGGCCACCACCUCCGCCUCGGCCACCACCACCACCUCUGCCGCGGCCACCACCACCACUUCCGCCUCCGCCACCACCACCACUUCCGCUUCCGCCACCACCACCACUUCCGCUUCCGCCACAACCACUACGGCGGCGUCUGCGGCAAAAACGGCGAGGGUAGUAAAAAAGAGGGAGGAGAUCCAGAGAGCUGGAACACAGAUUCAAAUUUCUAGAAACAAGGGAGGUUGCGGAUGCAAGAAGAGCAAGUGCGGCAAAUGUAGCAAAUGUGGCAAGAGUGGCAAGAGCGGCAAGUGUGGCAAGAGUGGCAAGAGCGGCAAGUGUGGAAAGAGUAGCAAGAGGAGCAAGUGUGGCUGCAACUAG